AUGCACAACAUCGCGAUGUGUUAUGCUCAGCUCGAGAUGCACGAAGAGGCUAUCUCGUGGUUUGAGAAAGCUUUGAAACUCUACGAGACUGAGUUCGGUAGAGAUCAUGAGAAGACUAUCUCGGCGUUGAUGCACGUUGCACGUCAAUAUUUCGCUUGCGACAUGUUCGACGAAGCCAUCGGGCACUACCGCCGUAUGUUGACCACAAAAGAGCAAAUCUUACCAGAUUCCGACGAAACAGUCAUUCUUUUGAUUUUUCAAUUGUUUCCGUGCACUUCGAAGAGUGGACAAAACGAGAAGGCAAUGGUUUGGGGGAGACGUUUCGUCGCCGUAGGCGAGACAAGCGACCUAGAAAAACGUCUUAUUGUGAAGAAGGGAAUGGGAAACAUUCAUGCUAAGAACAAACAGCACUCGGAGGCGUUGGAUUUGUAUCUGGAAGUGCUGAGUGAUACGAAGUUCCUCGACCAGGAUCAUUGGCUGCAUAGGCUGCAUAGCAGCGUUGUUUACGACAUUCACAGGCUAUACGCAGAAAUGGAUGGCGACAACGAAGCUAUUCAAGAUCUGCAAAGGCAGCGCGAGAUGAUUUCUCAGGUUCUCGAUUCUGAUCCCCGAGCGGGGGCGAUCCUUCUCCACCAGCUGGGUCAUGUUUACGCGCGGCAACGUAUGCAACAUGAGGCCUUGAGCCUUCUUGAGGAAGCACUGGAAGCCAUCCAAUGUCUCCCUCCCGACUCCGAGCUCAUCUCUCUCAAACGCAAUGCUAUCUCUGGUAUAGCGGAUGCCCACCUCAAACUAUACAACAAUCAAGCGGCAUUGACGUAUCUCCGAAUUCUUGUGGACAGCGAGGAAGAUGCAGGAUGGAAAGCUGGUGCGAUGAUACGUAUGGCAGGUGCCUUAGAACAGGGGGGAGAGUUCGAGCAAGCCAUCGAACUUUGGAAGCAGGUGCGACGGGAAGAGGAGCGUAAGUCUGGAGUCGACACGAUCGACGUGCUCUGUACGGCACGGAAAAUUGGGUCGCUUUAUCUGCGGAUCGGCAAUACCAAGGAAGCACUGCGCUGGACUGAGGGAACACUAGCCGGACUACGUCGCUGCAAUGAUCCGGAGGCAAGAUUGCAGGAGAUGCGCACUCUCGGCCUGAUGUCGUCCUUGCACUGGGAGCUUGGAGAUUUAAACAACGCCCUAUCUACUCAACGCACCUGCGUGACCGGCUUGGAGGUUACUCUGGGCGAGUCGGACAAGCAGACGCUUGGCGCCUAUUUCGACCGCGAGAUUUGCAACACACUGGGGGAAGUAGUUUUCAUAGCUUCGAAUUCCUCAUAG